AUGUCCACAGAAACCACAGAAUCAAAAGACAUUUAUCCACUUGCUUUACUAAUGGACGAAUUGAAGCAUGAUGACAUUUCUAAUAGAAUUGAUGCCAUGAAGAAACUGGAUACGAUAGCUAUUGCUCUUGGUUCAGAAAGAACUAGAAAUGAGCUAAUGCCAUUUCUAAUUGAAGUUGCUCAGGAUGAUGAGGAUGAAGUGUUCGCAGUUUUAGCUGAUGAAUUAAGCAAAUUUAUUCCAUUAGUAGGGGGUCCCAAAUAUGCCACAUUAAUAUUACCGGUAUUGGAAAUAUUGGCUUCAACCGAGGAAACACUUGUUCGAGAUAAAGCCAUUGAUUCUUUGAAUAAUAUUGCGCAUGAAUUGUCGCAAGAUCAACUUUUCAAUGAUUUUGUUCCCAUGAUCGAUCGCCUUUCUACUGCAGAUUGGUUUUCCUCGAAAGUUUCAGCAUGCGGUCUUUUCAAGUCUGUUAUCGUUAGAAUUAGAGAUGAUACUUUAAGACAAAACUUACUUGCCUUAUAUUUACAAUUAGUUUCUGAUGACACACCAAUGGUUAAAAGAGCUGCCGCCAAGAAUCUUCCUCCUAUAAUUGAUUUGUUAACCCAAAAUCCUGAUUUAUCAAAUAACCAUGAUUGGGAUUACAUUUCAAAUAUGUUUCAAAAAAUUAUCAAUGAUAAUCAGGAUUCCGUGAAAUUCUUAGCUGUUGAUUGUCUUAUUUCUAUAUUAAAAUUUUUCAAUACAAAAAAUGGAUCGGCCCAUACAAAGGAUUUAUUGGAUUCCUCAGUGAAAUUGAUAACAGAUGAAGCUUGGAGGGUUCGUUAUAUGGCCGCUGAUAAGCUUACCGAAUUAGCCAGCCAAUUUGUUAGCGAACCAAGCUGCCUAAAUUCAUUGGUAGAACCUUUUUUGAGCUUGUGUGAAGAUAAUGAGAGUGAUGUAAGGAAGGCAGUUGCACAACAGCUUCCUGGAUUUGCUAAAAUAUUGAAGACAUCAUUAUCUGAAACUGAUUUUGUACUAGGAAAAAUUAUACCUGCUGUGCAAAAUUUGAGUAUGGACGAAAGUGAAGUUGUUAGAGCAUCAUUAGCAUUAAAAGUAACCGAAUUAGUUGAAGUCAUGACUAAAGAAGAGGCUAUAGACCAUUUAUUACCUAUUUUAUUAAACAUGCUAAAGGACGAAUUCCCGGACGUUCGUUUGAAUAUUAUUGCCAACCUAAAAAUUGUCAAUGAUUCAAUUGGUAUUGAUUUAUUAUCGGAAUCUUUGCUCCCAGCAAUUACAGAACUAGCAAAUGACGUUAACUGGAGGGUAAGAAUGGCAAUUAUUGAAUAUAUGCCUAUUUUAGCCGAACACCUUGGUGUUGACUUCUUCAAUCAACAGUUGUCAGAUUUAUGUCUUUCAUGGUUAUGGGAUACCGUCUUCUCUAUUAGAGAAGCAGCCGUCAAUAAUUUGAAAAAAUUAACGAAGAUAUUUGGCUCGGAAUGGUGUCGCGAUGAAAUUAUUUCAAGAUUGUUGAAAUUCGAUUCACAAUUGCUUGAAAACUUCAUAUAUAGAUUCACUUUACUUACUGCCUUGACUACUUUGAUACCAGUUGUCUCUAUCGAUGCUGUAAAUGAACAGAUCCUACCGUUUGUAAAGCACUUAGCUGAUGAUGCAGUACCAAAUAUCAGAUUCAACGUUGCCAAGUCGUAUGCUAUUAUCGUAGAAGCUUUAUUAAGCGGUGAAGACAAGGAUACGAACAAAGCAUUAGUUAAAGACUCAAUCUUGCCUUCAUUAGAAAAGUUAUGCAGUGAUAAUGAUUUUGACGUCAAAUAUUUUGCCGGUGAAAGUAUAAAAAAAUGCAAUGAACUAGCAAGUGCCUAA